CAUUCCUUGCGCUGGGGUUCAGAGCUUGCAUGGGCCUCUCACCUGGGUUUUUUGAUCCACUUCCCUUUGUAAAUGACUUUUUUUCUUAAAGCAGCAGGAGAAAGUUGAUACUGACCAGAGGACCCCUCAUUUGUGUCAGGAUUCCCAACGUCUUUGUAGAAGUUGAUCUUCAGGAUGAAGGGUGCCAGGCUGGUGGUGGCGCUGCUGGCCCUGGCUGGCCUACUGCAUGUGGCCCUGUCCCUGAGAAUUGCAGCCUUCAACAUCCGUACUUUUGGGGACACCAAGAUGUCCAAUGCUACUCUGUCCAACUACAUUGUGCAGAUCCUGAGGCGCUAUGACAUCACUGUCAUCCAGGAGGUCAGAGACAGCCACCUGACCGCCGUGGGAAGGUUGCUGGACAUGCUCAAUCGGGACGACCCAAAUGCAUUUCAUUACGUGGUCAGCGAGCCGCUGGGACGGAACAGCUACAAGGAACGCUACCUCUUCGUGUUCAGACCCGACCAGGUGUCCGUGCUGGACGCCUACCAGUACGACGACGGCUGUGAGCCCUGCGGGAACGACACGUUCAGCCGCGAGCCCGCCGUCGUCAGGUUCUUCUCCCCGCUCACGGAGGUCCGGGAGUUCGCCAUCGUUCCCCUGCACGCGGCCCCCCUGGACGCCGUGGCUGAGAUGGACGCGCUCUAUGACGUCUACCUGGACGUGCGGCACAAGUGGGAUCUGGAGGACAUCCUGCUGAUGGGGGACUUCAACGCUGGCUGCAGCUACGUGGUCCCCUCCGAGUGGUCAUCCAUCCGCCUGCGCACGAGCCCUACCUUCCAGUGGCUGAUCCCUGACACCGCAGACACCACUGCCACCGCUACGCACUGCGCCUACGACAGGAUUGUGGUGGCAGGGACCCUGCUCCAGCGUGCCAUCGUCCCGGACUCGGCUGCCCCCUUUGACUUCCAAGCUGCAUUCGGCCUGAGCAACCAGCUGGCCCAGGCCAUCAGUGACCAUUACCCUGUGGAGGUGAUGCUAAAGAGAGCCUGACGGGAGGAGGCCCUGCAUGGGACACCUGGACAGUGUGGAAACAGAGCCCGCUACCCACCUUCUCUGUCCAGACAAAACGUUUAAUACUUAGAUUAGAAGGUAAUGUAAGCAAAUAAAGCUCAAAGGGGUGUUCUCA